CUAAUUUAUGCGCCAACAUUGAAUGUGCGCAAGAGGCGGAAUGUCGAGAAACCGAGCGAGGUCCGGUUUGUGAAUGCCUAUCCGGAUAUGUGGAUAUUUCUCGCCAACAUGGUAUGGCUGCUGGGCAUGUUUGCCGGAGCAUCCUGUAUCGAUACAGCAGAUUCAUUCACCUGUCGUUGCCGUGAUGGAUUUCGUGACGAAAGUCCUGAUCUCGCCAAUCGUCCAGGACGUGUUUGUGUAAGGGAGGACAAAUCUGCUUCGCGCCUGUGUUCUUCUGACUCGAUUAAACUACUGAACAGCGCCAGCAUGUGCAGUACUGAAGUGGAUCCGGAUAAAUUUUUCCAGAUUUCGCGAUAA